AAUGGAAGGCUGAGCUCACGAUUAAAAGGGGCGGGGCUCAAUUGUUCAUGCUGCUGCAGGGAGGCGGGGCGUCGUCACACUCAGUCAGAGGACAGUCUGGACGCUUGAACUGCAUUAGUGCGCCAUCGCACAUUGAACAGUCAGUACGUGAAGACGCGCUCGUCAGGAUUCCGCGGAGUGUGUCUUACUUAACACGUUUUUUUAUUAUCUAUAAAGGCGUGCUUGCAACAUAAAACUGUUUAAAGGAUAUCGGAGACAUCUGUCAGGCUGAGCCUGUGUUUUGUUAUUUACACUCUCCGGACUCUUUUGUUUGGCGUGUGAUUCCAUUGAACUUGGUCCAUUGUUGUUGGAUGAGAAGCUCAACUUGGCAUUGAGGCUACGGAGAAAACAGUGGUCAGUUGUCAGAUGUUGAAGGCAGGACACUGUACUUUAGGAUAAAAAUGGCCAUGUGUCCUAGAUUCUUGGAAGAGUUUUCAUCCUGACCACUGUCCUGGAUCUACACCAUCAGAGGAAAGAGUGACCCAUCUCUUGGCAAAAAAAAAAAAAAAACUGGUGAUUUUAUCUUUCUGUGGACAGUAUUUGAGAAGUUAUCAUGCCUAUUCUGAAGCAGCUUGUAUCCUCGUCCUCCCAGUCAAAGCGGCGCUCUCGUGCUGACCUGACUGCAGAGAUGAUCAGUGCACCUCUGGGAGACUUCCGUCACACUAUGCAUGUGGGGCGAGGAGGCGACGCGUUUGGGGACACCUCCUUUCUUAGCAGCCGCUCAGGGGAGCCACCAAGGGAGCCGGAGGUACAGCAGAGCUCACCUAAACAGAGCCUCCUUUCCCGUACGUUCCGAAGCAGCAAGCGCUCCCAGUCGGUCAAUCGUGACAAGCCUGACAAAUCCAAACUGGCGCCCCCCAGUGGCUCGCCAAGUUAUGUUAAAAACGCAAUCUCGCUGCCAUAUUUGAAUGAUGACAAUGCAGGACGAGGUACUGAUAUCCACCUUCCCAAGAGCGUGUCCUCAAGUCCUCUAAAGAAUGUUCCGGAAGUUGAUGGAAAGCCGCUUAACGGAGCCGCAGCACCCACUGUAUCGGACUUGGAGCUGGAUGAGAGGAAUUUUGGUGAGCUGACCGACUUGCGUCCGUCAGUUCCUUACACCGGAGGCAUGAAACAUGCAGAGUCCAUCAUGUCCUUCCACAUCGAUCUGGGUCCCUCCAUGCUGGGCGACAUCCUGAGCGUGAUGGACAAGAAGGGCUUAGAUGAUGACGAUCUGGGAUUCGAAGAGGGGAAGAGUAGCGAGGGCCGCAGUUCGCCGCCCCAGAGUCCUCCCAAUGAAGUGGAGGAAGAGGACCCCCUUCCUCCGAUCCGACCCCCACGCCAGAGGCCGGGCACCAACCCUUACACUCCAGAGCUCCAAACCAGGAACCAUCAACACCUGGACAGCUGUUCGGUCUCAAGUUCAGGGUCCACCGCGCUGGAGGAAAAACCCCACAAUCAGAUUUAUGAGGGGAAUAUGGACGACAUCAAGUACAGCUCACCUCGAGUGCAAGACGACACGGACUUCUCCUACAUGGAUGACGAUGAUGACGAUGAGAUUAGGGUGUAAAAUGAACUGUAAGUUGCCAGAACAGUCUUUGCAAAGACUAAAAGAAGUGGUGAAGGUGGGUUGUGGUCGAUUGGUGGAUGCAAAGCUUGUACAUUGAUGUGGAGGACUGAUUUUAUAAUGGAGAUGAAAGGGAAAACGUAUGUUUUAGCCCUUGCUAAAUGCUUUUUCACUACAAUUCAUAGUUCAGGCAAACAAACCCUCUGUUACUAGCGACUUUUGCCAGAGCCGCCACAGCUGUGAGAGGAAUGUGCUUGUGUGUUUGCAUAUGCCGAGGCAAGGGAAUUCCAUUUCAAAUGGUAAUUACAGUCUCGUGAGUAUCGUUAAUAAAUUCCAGUGUUGACCACUGGGAAUGCUGAUACUGGAGGUUUGCGUAGAACCAAGCCUCAUAUUCUCCCAUGAUCGACGCAAUACUCGGAUGAAGCUCGCCUUAUGCCUUUGGACUCGGAAAAUGCUUCCAAACUAAUGCCAACAGUCUUAAGUUUCCUGUUUUACAGUUUUUGAUUCCAUCUUUAAGUUAUAUCCUAAAUUUUUGCCUUGUACACAAAACUGUAUUGAUGUAAAUGUUGAAUUGAUGAUUGGAAUACCAUAAACGUGUUUGGAGGUUCAACAGAACGUUUUAUCUCUGGCAUAUGUUACCUUUUUACUGUGGAGAGUUGUUUAUGUAGUAGAUCUGGACUUUGUCAUGUGGUCCAUGUGUGUUUAAGGGGAUUUCCUGUCAGGUCACAUGAAAUUCUCAAUCGUGGAGACUUUAGAUACAGAAACCGAAAGCAGGGGAGACAUUGCUUUACUUGGAGGCAGUAGAAUCAGUCUAAGUGGAACCAUUGAUGACUUGUCAAUUUUGUAUGUGUGAAUGAGGAUUGAUGUCAAGAGGGCUGAGAAGUGUGCUAUUUGAUUAUCAUUGUAUAGGCUCAGAGAGGUAGCUCUCUCAUUCAGGGUCUAGUCUAGUGCCUCGAACUUCAAACCAUGCUCAUGAGCAGAAGUGGCUAUAGAGGGUUUUCAUCUCUGAAUGACUCUUGUAGUUCUUUGUAUUUUUGUAUUUAGGUUUUCAAGAGAGAUCAACACACCGUGAUAAGACUGUAACUUGUAUAGCCACUCUGUGAGUUAGUGCCAUACCCUCUGCCUCGGUUAAACAUAGACAGAAAUGUACUUUAUUAAAAUUCUUUAAAAUCUCAAAAUUAGCAAACUUGAUCCACCAUGCAAUAUUAUGUUAGUCAUGUAAAGCUUUCACGUAAUUUUUCUGAGAAGCGUGUAAUUUCUGCACCACUAACAACACCAAAAUGAAAUCCAUAAAUGAUAAUAAUAAAGUUUAUUUAUAGGUCAUUUUGGAGUCUUUAAAUAGAUUCCAUAACAUUAGCUCAGCUAAUCAUGGAAGUUUGGGGGGGCGGGGCUACGCGUUUGCUUGACGAAUGCCAGAUGCGAAUGUUGUAAACUUUUCAAAAAACAUGACUCAUUUUUGAAAUUCUGUUUAGAGUUGCAGAAAUUACACACUUCACAUUUAGGUCUCUAUUAGGAGAAUUUCACAAACUAGCAAGAAAAAAAGAUGUUAAAACUGACAAGAUACUUAACACUAUAGGCUUCAGUUUACCACAGAAAACAUCAAAUAAUUGCCAUUGAUUAACAUCCUGGUAUCCCAGCAAGUAUUAACUGUUCAUUGUGCACUUUGGAAAAUAAAUUUUUUUUCUAUCACACAGUUAUAUUUUGGGGAGAUAAUUUAACAGUGUUCCACUCUUGAUAUAUGUACAUCAUGUUUAGUUAUUCAUUUAAUGUAUAUUUGAGUUUUUUGACUGAUGUUAUUGUUUAGUCAACAGUGCUGGCCCUGUAAUCUGACAUAAGCACACUAGAAGCUGAAGAGAACACCAUUUUGUAGAAUUGGUUAUAUUUGUAAACAGUUGGUUUCUGUGAUAUAGAAUCUUUGUACAGAUUUCUGUGGCCUUUUACCUUCACUUUGUGAUCUGUUUUGCAUCAGCUUUAACACUCUUAAGACUACAACUACAUUAUUUGCUUGCUCAUCUGUUUUUCAUUGGUUUGUGAAAUCAGCAUGUCUGUACAGAGGAACAAGGUACGAUUAAUAAGAACUCUGAAAAAGAAACCGAGGGAUGUUUGUAAUGCGGACUCUGUGUUUUCUGUGUAUAGAAUGGUUUGGUUAAAGGGCUUUAUUAAAGGGGUACGAGGGGCUUGUGUUGCCUUAUAUCUGGUUGAAAAGCUGCAUUAUGCCGUUUUGUCUGCAAGCACAAAUGGAGGAUAAUCAAACGUGCCAAUUUUUUUCUUUUCCUCUCUUUUAUUGCCCUUUAAUUUUUGUUUAUUUUAUGGGUUAAGGAAGUGGUCUUGGAGAUAUCACGCUGCACGCAAAGUUUUUGAAGCUGACCAGAUGUGCGGGACUGGAUUUGUGAGACUGAAAUUGUGCUGGAAUGCUGGACUGUAACAGGUUUUGAGAGCACCAGGGCUCCCUCUACAGUUUGAGUAGUUUUCUUUCAGGCCAUUAAUACUUUCAUUUCUAUGCUUAGAAAGACAACAGUAUCCAUAUACGAUAGCAUAGAAGUUACUAUAGUUUCUUUGCUUGAUUACUAUAUGAGCACAGGUGUAUCGCACAACAUCUUCCUACAAUUCCUUUAGAAAAUGGUUGACAAACACUAAAGUAUAGUAUAAAACCAUCUCAAGUAUUUGCUGUUUAUCUUUUUCUCACUUAAUGUCUGUAUCAUUCUGUACUGAAAUAAUAUAUAUAUUGACCUGCCUCACUUUCCCUUGCAAAAUAACAGUUCUAUUUUUCAAUAAAAGAGAAAGCUGAUAAACUUCA